AGGAGGAGGUAGAGAAGGAAAGGACGUAGAGAAGGAGAAGAGGAAAAGACGAGAGGAGGAGGAGAGGAGGUUGUUGUUGGAGAAGCUGCUGUUUGUCCUGAACCGGGUUGUUGGUUUGUUUCCUGUGAAGGUCACUGAAUGACUUCAUCGAUAUAAACAAGAAUCUGAUCACAUGACCUCCAUGGAUGACACCAUGAACAUUACGACAUUCACCACUGAGGACCUGUCCUCUAUCAGCCCCUCGCCCACCACUGAUGAGGACUACUAUGACUACCAGGACCUGCUGUGUGACCGGGCGUCGGUGCGGGCGUUCAGGGGUUGGUAUGAGCCACCGCUCUUCUGGAUGAUCGCCCUGGUGGGCGGAGCUGGGAACCUGACUGUGGUGUGGAUCUUCCUGAACUUCCGGCGGCGGUUGAAGACCAUGUCGGACGUGUACCUGCUGAAUCUGGCAGUGGCCGAUCUGCUGUUUCUGUUCACGCUGCCGCUGUGGGCGGCUGAGGCAUCCCACGGCUGGAGCUUUGGCUCUGCCCUCUGCAAGCUGAACUCCGCCCUCUACAAGGUGAACCUGUUCAGCAGUACGCUGCUGCUCACCUGCAUCAGCGUCGACCGCUACGUCGUCAUCGUGCAGACCACCAAGGCGCAAAACUCACAGGUGGAGCGCCGCCGCUGCAGCCGGCUGGUGUGUAUUGGGGUAUGGCUGAUGGCCCUGUUGCUCGCCAUGCCCGAGUUUGUGUUUGCCACCACCACAAACGUGGAGUCGCAGCUGUACUGCAGGAUGUUGUUCCCUGCUCACCUGGGCAACCGCACCAAGAUCCUGGUCCUGUCACUGCAGGUGAGCAUGGGCUUCUGCCUCCCCGGCAUCAUAAUGGCCUUCUGCUACAGUGUCAUUAUCGCCACGCUGCUCAAGACCCGGAAUUUCCAGAGGCACAAGGCCAUGCGCGUCAUCCUGGUGGUGGUGGUAGUGUUCAUCGUGUCGCAACUGCCCUACAAUGGUGUGCUGGUGAUGGAGGCAGCGCAGGCCUCCAACAUGACCAUGACGGACUGCAAGGAGAUGAAGCGCUUCAACAUGGUGGGACAGGUGCUGAAGAGUGUGGCCUACAUGCACGCCUGCCUCAACCCCUUCCUCUACGCCUUUGUGGGCGUGCGUUUCCGCCAGGAUGUGCUGCAGCUCCUGCGCUGCUGUGUCCAGCCGCAGACCAUCAAGAGUCAGCUGAGUAAGACCAGCAGGAGUCCACUGAGCUCGACCCGAGCCUCUGUGAUGUCAGACAGCGACACCUCGCAGGUCCUGUCCCUGUAAAGACACACAGCUGCAUUGCUCCCUCACCACUCCCCCAUCACUGCCUCAUCACUCCCCGGUCACUCCCUUAUUAAUCCCUGAUCACUCCCCUCACACUUUAUCCAGCCUCACUUCAAUUUAGCUUCAAGCUGCUUUAAUAUCUGGAAACAUCUGAUGUGCCUGCUUACGCAAUUUAGAGACUUUUCACCGAAAUUCCGACCAACAGGUAAGAGAUGAGAGUUCAAACCACAAAACUGUUCGCUUGGAAUCAAAAAGAUUUCAGGCCAUGAAUGUAUAAUUUUCACAUCUUAAAACUUAUUUCCAGAACCGUUUCCAUUACCUUUUCCAGGACUUCCUCAGGAUUUUCUUAGGACUUUCUCAGGACUUUUUCAAGACUGUGGCUAGGACCUGCUCUGGACAUUUUCCAGAAAUGUUUCCAGGACUUCCUAGGACUUGCUUGUAUAUAAAAUGUGAAAUUCUUGUCAGCCACAAACUGUGAUUUUUGGCUGUUGUUAUUGGAGAGCAUUGGCUCAUGUGAUCUCUGUUUUCCUCAUGUUGACUGUCUUGCAUCUUCCCGUUUGAACACAAAAUGCAUCAAAUGAAGGAAGUAAGGAGGAACCUUAAACUAAGCCAACGCUGUGUCUCUGUCAGAUCAUGUGAAUUAUCUCUGUUUACGUGUUAAAUGAUAAACAUUGAAGAGUGUGUAAAACAUGCAGACAUGUGAGUCCUGGCGUGAAAAACAGGAGGAAGUUGAACAAAGACAGCUUCACAGCCGUUUCUUCACAUCCUUCCGCCUCUCAUCCUGUUUUUGUUUUCACUCACUUUGUUCUGUAAAAAUGUAUAAGCUGACUGGAACCAGAGUAACACACAGAACCAACAUUUGUACCUUUAAUAUUUAUUUCUGGUCUAAUUAUUUCUAUAAGUUGUAAAACGGUUUGAGGAAAGAGUCCAAAGACAGUUUGGGUUUUUCAAAUAAGUUAAAUAAAUCAAAAUGUCAUCUGCAAAGAAAUUAAGUUUAUAAAGAAGCUUGGACCAAAAUUUAUCACUUUGAUAUUUCUUUUUCUAUUUUUUUCUUUGGUGAAAUACAUAGUGGUGUAAUGUAAUUGAGUACAUUUACUCAAGUACACAUAUGGGGUACUUGUACUUUACUUGAGUAUUUUCUUUUCAUGCAACUUCAUACUUACACUGCAGUAAACUUCAGACUGAAAUAUUGUACUGUUUAUUGUACUAUAUUAAUUUUACAGCUGUAGUCACUUUACAGUUUCAGUUUUUUAAUA